UCCUGCAGCAGCAGCAGCAGCAGCAUAUCACACUUGGGACGAUCUGUUCACGGCCCACGGAGCACGCCGCUAGUCCAACAGAUUUGGCCCGCAGACACCGCGCGCUGCACGGUUGUGCCGUCGUACAGCUCUGAUAAAGCUGCUGGCCCCCGCCGCUGGUCCAGACAAAACAAACACCACCUCUAUCGUCCUCCAUCUGCCGCCCUGUCUCCAACAAGCCGCGAAGCCGCCACUUCGUUCAGAACCCGUGCCCAGUUUGUCCAGCAAGGCAGCGAGAUCGCCCGGAAACGAGCAUCCUCACAGCCAUGGCAAGCUUCAUCUCCAGCGUCUUCUCCGGUGGAGGUUCCAGGGAGGGUGCUCAGCCCAGCCUGGAACGUCCCAGCACGCCGACCGACAACAGCGUUGCCAACAGCUUCAUCGACCCAGCUGCCACGCCACAGGGCAGCCCAAGCAAGAAGACCGUCCCACCUGGAGCCAAUGAUCUCCCCGCCGCCUUCGACAACGCUCUCCGAUUGAAUGCCAAUGCACUUGGAAGCCCUGUCAAGCUGGGUCGGCCACAGUCCUCCGGUAGCCCACUGUCUCCGGUGGGCAAGAUCAACCUACAGCCGCCCGCUGACGACAGCUACUUCGCCAAUGCUUCAUCUGUAGUCGAAGACAGUGUCCUCCAUAAGACACCACAGGCCGCUUCGACCCCGAGGCAUGGCCAGGAGAACACGCCACCAUCCCGCAUACCAGUGCAGCAGCAGCACAACCAGGCUGCCAUGUCCCGGCAACAGCCUUACCAUCUCAAAGAGAGCCGCCCAUUGACUACAUCCGCGAAGAAGUUUAACACAACACGUGGCUUGACUCCAGAAGAGCUCGAGAUCCUAAAGAAGCCGAGCGUGAAGCGGUUGGUUAACGUCACGCAAUUGUACUUUCUCGACCACUACUUCGACCUUCUUACCUAUGUUGGGUCGCGCCAAGCUCGACUAGAAGCUUUCAAGUCGGAAGUUCCACCGCCGCCUGAGACUGACGAAGAGGAGUACAAGAAGAUGUGGAGCAAGUACACUGGCAGAGAGCGCGCGGCUCUGCGGAAGCGACGAGUGCGGUUGAGGCAAGGCGACUUCCAGAUCUUGACCCAGGUCGGACAGGGCGGGUACGGUCAAGUGUUCCUGGCUCAGAAGAAGGACACCCGUGAGGUCUGCGCUCUGAAAGUCAUGAGCAAGAAGUUGCUUUUCAAGCUGGACGAAGUGCGCCACGUCCUCACCGAGAGAGACAUCCUGACUACCGCCAACAGUGAGUGGCUGGUCCGCCUUCUGUACUCGUUCCAAGACGACAAGAGUAUCUAUCUUGCCAUGGAGUACGUUCCAGGUGGAGAUUUCAGAACACUCCUGAACAACACAGGUGUCCUCUCAAACCGACACGCGCGCUUUUACAUCGCCGAAAUGUUCUGCUCGGUCGACGCCCUUCACAAGCUUGGUUACAUCCACCGGGAUCUUAAGCCCGAGAACUUCCUCAUUGACUCAACGGGCCAUGUCAAGCUUACCGACUUCGGCCUGGCUGCAGGCAAUGUGGCUUCUUCCAAGAUCAAUUCGAUGAGAGUGCGACUUGAGAAGGCCUCUGAGACCAAUGUCCCCUUCGGCAAGGCAAUGGAACAGCGCACCAUUGCAGAGCGCCGAGAGGGAUACCAGUCCAUGCGUGAGAAAGAUGUCAACUACGCAAAGUCUAUCGUUGGUUCUCCCGACUACAUGGCCCCAGAGGUUCUCAGAGGAGAGGAAUACGACUCUACGGUCGACUACUGGAGUUUAGGCUGCAUGCUUUUCGAGGCGCUUACCGGCUUCCCACCAUUCGCUGGGUCCAACGCGGACGAGACCUGGAGAAACCUCAAGCAUUGGAAGGAUGUGCUCAAGCGUCCCGUAUGGGAAGACCCCAACUAUUUCCUCAGCAACCGCACGUGGAACUUCAUCACUACCUGCAUCAACUCGAGGUCCAAGCGCUUUUCCACCAUUGAAGAGAUCCUCGAGCAUCAAUACUUUGCCGAGGUCGACUGGCAGACACUGAGGGAGACGAAAGCGCCUUUUGUGCCCGAGCUCGAUUCCGAGACUGAUGCGGGUUACUUUGAUGACUUUUCCAAUGAGGCAGACAUGGCCAAGUACAAGGAGGUCCACGACAAACAACAGGCUCUUGAGGACAUGGCCGACCGGGACGAGGAGAUGAGCAAGGGACUGUUUGUCGGCUUCACGUUCCGCCACCGUAAGCAAGGAACUGACGAGGGAAGUCCACGGAAGCCGAUCCAGACGGACACCUUUGGCACGAUGCUUUAGGGCAAGCGUCUACUGAGCAGUUUUGUUCGCUCCUAGGCUAUCACCGUGCUGAUGGAGGUGAGAAGUCCUCACCUAGGGAGUGAGCAGAU